CCCAUUCUUCCUUCUUCAUCUCUCUCAAACACACACACACACACAAACACACACUAAUCUCUCUGUCUCUCUCUCUCUACAAAGGCGCAAAUCAAAGCAAUUUCUAGGUGUUUUUCUCUCUCUACACACAAUCACAUACUAUACAUACACGCUCGUUGUAUCGAUACAUCUUCGUAUUACAUAAAAUCAUAUUGAAAUUCAUCCUUCUCGUUGUUAUUAUUGCAUACACAUGCGAAUUUGAAAUUGUAAUCGUAAUUGUAAUCAAUUGGUUAAUUGCACUGACGGAUUAACGAGAAGAGGCGGCGUGUUAGGGUUUUUUUACGUGUUUUCGGUUAAUCUAGCGGUUAAGUGUUAAUCAGUUGCUGAUAUUGAGAAUUUGAAACCCUAGGGUUUCAAUUUGUGUGUUAAUUCGUCGGUUUUUGGUUGCCGGACAAACCCUAGGGGGUUCAAUUUGUGUGUUUGGGGCCUAGGGUUUGGUUAUUUGAAACUGGAGGCUUGAAUUUAGUGUUAUUGGUUGAAAUUGGUGUUGAUCUUUGUCAUUCAUUGGAGUUUGGGACUGAAAUUAUAGGAUAUAGAAAGUUUUGCAGUUUAGUUGAUAGUUAGAAGGUAACAUUGUUGGUUGGAAUUAGCUGUCGAUUAUCGUGGUGAUUCGUUAGCGAAGGGAACGGUAGAUUGGUAGAGGUGUUUUGAGAGUUGUGAUUCUAAUAAUGCAGUGGGUUUCUUAUGAUGUUCCAUACUAAUUAUGGAAAAAAGUGAGCCAACAUUUGUACCAGAAUGGUUAAAGAAUAGUGGAGGCUCGAGUGCAACGUCUCACCAACUCACAUCAUCUUCAUCGCACCCUGAUGAACAAGGUGUAUCAAAAUCGCUGAGAAACAAUAAGUCAUUGGAUAAAGAUUUAGGACACUCUUCUGUUUCAGAUAGACCAAAUUCUUCGUAUUUUCGCCGUGCUUCUAUUAGUAAUGGUUCGGCUCAUUUAAGAUCUUACAGUAGUUUUAACCGAAAUCAUCGUGAUAGGGAUCGGGAUCGGGAUCGGGAUCGGGAUAAGGACAUAUUUGAGUUUAGAAAUAAGGAAAGAUCAGAAAAUAGGCAUCACGACUUUUCUGAUCCUUUGGGUAACAUUUUGCCGAGUAGAUUUGGAAAAAACGGGUUAAGACGGUCACAUUCAAGUUUAUCUGGAAAACGCGGCGAGUCGUGGCCCACAAAGGUAGCAAGUGAUUCGAAUAUAGUAAAAAAAAGUAGUCACAACAAUGGUGGUUCUUUACUUUCUGGUAAUGUGAAAUCAUCUUUUGAGAGGGAUUUUCCGUCUCUUGGAGCAGAUGAGAAACAAGUGGAUAAUGAUGUUGGGAAAGUCUCGUCACCUGGAUUGAGCUCAGUCAUUCAGAGUCUCCCAGUAGGUAGUUCAGCUGUUAUUGGUGGAGAUGGGUGGACCUCCGCUCUGGCUGAGGUGCCUGUAAUUGUUGGUAGCAAUGGAAAUGGCUCAGCGGUUGCACCACCAGUUCAGCCAGCUCCAGUAUCUGCAACUACAGGCAUGCCAGGUGGGCGAAACAUGGCUGAAACUUUGGCUCAUGGCCCUCCAAGAACUCAGACUCCUCCUCAGUCGACUGUCGGAACUCAAAGGCUUGAAGAGCUUGCUGUUAAGCAAUCCAGGCAGUUGAUUCCCAUGACUCCUUCCAUGCCUAAAACAUUGGCCUUCAACUCUUCUGAUAAACAGAAACUGAAAAUCGGACAAUCACAGUUUCAGAGUUCUCACCUUAUCAGUAAUCCAAACACUCCAAGAUCUGCUACUGUGAAGCCUGAUGUUUCAAAGGCAUCUACAGUGGGAAAGCUUCUCAUUCUCAAACCCUCUCGAGAAAGGAACGGUAUAACACCUACUGCAAAGGACAGUUUGAGCCCAACAGGUGGUGGUAGCAAGUUGCCAAAUAGCCCUCUUGCUGUACCCUCAGUUGUCGGAACCACUGCCCCGUUGAAAAAACCGGUCAACGGUCCAGUUGCUAAUCUGGAGAAGAGACCCUCAUUACAAGCUCAGAGCCGUAAUAACUUCUUUAACCUUAUGAGGAAGAAAUCCAUGACUAGUAGUAAUCCUUCUUCUGUCGCCUCUGAUACCAGUUCUUCUAGUGAACCCGUGGCUUCUGAGGGUGGGCCGGGCUCAACGGUUGUCCAGCAAUCCAGUGAGAGUACGGUUGACGUGAGUUGCAAUGGUGAUACUUGUGGUGCGGUCAUGGCAUCUUUGGUUAAUGGGAAGAUCCGUAAGGGCCCUGAUGUGAUUCUUUAUUCGGAGGAAGAAGAGGCCCGGUUUUUACGGUCAAUGGGUUGGGAAGAAACCGCUGAGGAGGAAGAAGGCCUUACUGAAGAGGAGAUUAGUUCUUUCUACCAAAACUACCUGACUUUAAAGCCGACUUCAAAAAUAUUGAAGGGGACACUUCCAAAGCAAUUGAUGCCGGUGGGGGAGAUUUCUUCUAAGGAUUCUUGAGGCUUACGUGGACAUGAAUUGAGAUUUGAAAUCCUUGUGGUGGAGGAGGAUCAAGUACAUAACAUAAGGGGGGCUUGAAUUUGCAUUUUAAGGGUUUAGGGUUUUGUCAUUGGGAAUUGCUUUUGGUUGUGCAAAGAAAUCUUGGAUUUUGUUGGUAAAUUUUUGUUUCUUUUGAAAUACUUGAGAGGGGUAGAAUUAGCUUAUGAUGAUGGUUUAUUGGUCAUUUUUCAUGAAAAGAAGCCAGAAAUUUAGAUUUUACAAGCUUCUUGUUCCUUUAUUGGUU